AUGCCCGGAGGCCUACUUGCGGGUCCCCUGCGCGCUGCGUGCCUGGAGGAAGGCAUCGUGACCAACGAUGUGACGAUGCUGGAGCCGCCCGGGGCACCGCCACAGUAUGCCUGCAUCCUUAACGCACAGGGCCGCUACCUGCAUGAUCUGCUGAUGCACCGCACAAAGGACGAGGUGCCCACGUUGCUUGUGGAUGCCGACAGCCGGGGCACGCCCGACCUGCUGCGCCUGCUGAAGCGGUACCGCCUGCGCCAGAAGGUGGACAUCGAUGAUGUGUCGCAGCAGUACUGUGUGUGGGCACUGUACAGCGGGGAGGCGCCGGCGCUGCAGGCAGCUCUCUCCUCGCUUCCUCCGGGCUGGGCCCCAGACCCACGCCUGGAUCAGCUGGGCCUGCGCGCCGUGCUGCCCGCCGACGCAGAAGGCAGCGGCAGCGGCGGCGGCGGCGGCGCGGGCAGCCUGGGCAGCGUCAGCUGGCGGGACCACCGCCGCUGGCGCAUCCUUCACGGCGUGGCGGAGGGCGACAGCGAGAUCCCCACGGGCGAGGUGGUGCCGCUGGAGUUCAACAUAGAUGGCCUGGCGGGCAUCAGCUUCACCAAGGGCUGCUAUGUGGGGCAGGAGCUGAUGGCACGCACACACUUCAAGGGCGUGGUGCGCAAGCGCCUCAUGCCCUUUGUGCUGGCGCCGCCAGGCAGCGGCGACAGCGGUAUGGCGCAGCAGCAGCAGCAGCAGCAACAGCAGGCUGGCAUUGGCGCAGUGCCAGCCGCGGCCCUAGCAGCAGACGCGGCAGCUGUAGCUGGCAGCGACCAGGCGAUACGCGUGCAGCCGGGUGCAGCAGUCUACUGGGAGCAGCCGGGUGGCAGGCGCAAGUCGGUGGGCGUGGUGCGAGUGGCGGAUGGUGCGCUGGGGCUGGCGGUGCUGCGCCUGGCGGCAGUAGAGGCGGCCAGGGCGGCGGGGCAGUCGCUGGUGGUGGGGGAGAGCGAGGCGAGGGCAGAGCUGCAGCCAUGGCGGCCAAACUGGUGGCCUGAGGUGUGGGGCACAGAGGAGGAGGCUCAGCUCUCCAGCUUCUGCUUCCUCUUGGUGGCGCUGGUGUCGGAUGUGCUCCUCAUUCGCCUGUUUCUUGUGGGAGCCUACGUGUUUUUGUUCACUGCAUCGAUCCUGGGCAUGCCCGAGUGGCCAUCCGUUAGUUUUGAUGGCAGCAUCAAUGUCGUGGAGAUUGUCUGGUCCAGCGUCUGCUUGAUCUUCCACUUCCGUGCCUUUGCCAUGCUUCUCUGGGACGAGCGCCACAUCCGCUUCAGAAGCGAAGACGCUGAGCAGCUGUGGCGUUUGUUCUACCGCCGGGGCGGCAUGGGGCGGCUGGAAAUGCAGCAGGCACUCAAGUAUGGCCAGUGGGUGCGUGUCCCAGCUGGAGAGGCCAUCGUGCAAGGGGCAGCAGCGAGGCUCCGGUUCUUCGUUCUGGUGGAAGGCCACGUCAAAGUCACGUGCAUGUACAAGAACGUGCUGGAAGAAGCGCGCUACUUGUACAGCGGAGCCUGCUUUGAAAUGGUGGGAAACUUCUUCCGUAACUUCACUCUGGCUCAGCUGGGCAUGCUGCUGGUCCACAGACUCUACUCCAACCAGGAGAUGCAGUGUGCCACCGGCGAGCUGGAGCCCAAGGGGCUGCUGACCGGGGAGCAGCGCAGCCGGGAUUUCACCGAGCCUCUGCGGCCGUACGAGGAGCAGAAGGUCACCCUCAGGGGCUUCUUGGCCUGGCUCAGGCGCAGCUUCAACCCCUUCCCGCCUCGCGGCCUGCGGCACAAUGCGCUGCCCAUCACAGGCAUCAUGGCCCGCAACCGGCUGGUGGCGGUGAAGGCGGCCAAGGCCAAGGCCGCCAUGGAGGCGGCAGACUCGGCCUCCGGCAUGGGCGACGACUGCGAGCAGCUGGCGCGCCACUCAACCGACGAGGGCAGGCGGGCAGCGGUAGAGAUGCUGGAGGGGAUGCAGACCCUUGAGCAGCUGGACAUGACAACGGUGGAGGCGCUGCUGGGCAAGGCGGACAGCCCAGGGCCCCACCCAGGCCAGGCCACCUCGGCACGGCUGCGCCCAGGCAGCAAGAGGCACGUGGGCUUGGAUGGAACGCAGUGCUGUGAUGGGGCGGUGUAA